UGAGUACUCAUCUUUGCCAAUGCUUGCUAUCGUGUUAUUACUGCUAUUCAUUUUUCAAGGAAGUAUUAUGGAAGGAUCAACAAGCUCCCACAUAAGAAGUGGUAAAAGGUUACCACAACUUGCAUCUUCAUCAAAUGUUAAUCAUGAAAAUGAGAUUAAUAAUAGGCAUUUACCUAAUAAUAAUAUAGACAAUGCCAAGCCUGCUGCUGAACAUGGGGUCCCUGUCCCACACCCUAAUGGGGGUCUAACCCAAGAUCCUGAUGAUAAAAGGCGUGAACAAAGUAGAGCAUAUUCAAAAACAUAUCGUCUGAAAAUAGAUGCUCAUAUAAAAAAUUUGGAAGAAAAACAGAAGACCAUAUCGCAUCGUAUUUCUGAAAAGACACCAAUGAUCAAAUUUUUCAAAGAUGUUGGAUCACUCCUUGAGACUGAACGUAAUACACUGCGAGGAACAAAAACUAAUGUUAUUUCAAAUGUGGAGGCUCUCAAAGCUGAGAUGCAUAGGAUACAAAAUGAAUUGGAGAAGAUGAAAAUAGAUAAAGAUGCCAAAGAAACUCAUAUCGUUGGGACGAGGAAUUUCCGAGGCAAUCGUUGAACCCUGCAUGAAGAAAUUAUGUAUAAUUAAUAUUAUGAUAUAUAAAAUAAAGGGCUUCAAUAAUAAAUAAAUAAGUAAAUAAAUGGUUCAUUCAUCAUGUGCUUUGUAAUUAAUCAUAAUUAUUAAUUAAAGUAUAAGUAAAAGUCUAAAUUAUCUUUAUGAA